CCUUUAACAGCUGCAAAGCAAUUUGUCAUGUUCUUCUCAUAAGAAACCCACCAAAUUCGGACACAACUGAACACUUUUAACAGUUGAGAAAACAAACCCUAGCAAGCACACAUUCUCUAACUCUCUUACACGCCAUCAUCUACACACAACAUGGGACACUGGUCAGAUUUUGAUCUUUGACAUUUACACUUAUUACUCUUUUGUGUCUGUAGCCACAGAUUUGGAUUAACAGAUAAUAAUCAAAUUUCAAUUUGGGAGCAGCUGGUUAGUCUGUGUUUAGAGUAAUCUCCAAUGGGGGAGAUUAUUGGGCCAAGAUUGUACAGCUGCUGUAAUUGCAGAAACCAUGUUGCCCUUCAUGAUGAUGUUAUUUCCAAGUCUUUUCAGGGAAGAAAUGGUCGAGCCUUUCUGUUCUCCCAUGCUAUGAAUAUUGUGGUUGGCCCUAAGGAGGACCGGCAACUGAUGACCGGUCUCCACACGGUUGCUGAUGUCUACUGCAGUGACUGCCGAGAGGUAUUGGGUUGGAAAUAUGAACGAGCUUAUGAGGAAACACAAAAGUACAAGGAAGGGAAAUUCAUUCUUGAGAAAUCAAAAAUAGCCAAGGAAAAUUGGUAGUAUCUAUCUAUGACUAUGGCAAUGACAAAUUUCUAGCUUAUUUUUCCUGAUGUUGAGUGUGAGGAUGCUUUCAAGUGUUUUAUCUUACUUAGCUAGAAGAUUUUCGGCAACUGAAUAUAUUCACUUAUUGUUCCUUUCUGUGUACUGUGGUCUUGUGUGGAUAUUGUAAUGAAAAUCAUUGAUUUUGUUAAUAAGAUUUGUGAAUAAUUUCUAU